GAAUAUCAGUCCAAACCCACCAUUGAUACCAGCAGGUCACAGUUGAAUCCACCAUUAGCUUGUUCGCAGUUAGCCCAGAGAAGGGGUCGGAUUUCAUCAGUUCAAACAUCCAGAGAGGGUACAUCGUGAAACAAUGUCUAGUAAUACAGAUAUCAAUUUGCCACUGGAGAAACUAUCUUUAGGAUUAAUCCAGCAACAUAACCCUCCAAUUCCCAAAACAGAGAAAAUAACAUAUGUAGUUCUUGUGUCAACUGGAAGUUUCAACCCUCCUACUUAUAUGCAUUUGCGUUGUUUUGAGCUGGCAAGAGAUGCAUUGAAUUCACAAGGAUUUUGUGUAAUUGGAGGUUACAUGUCACCGGUGAAUGAUGCAUAUAAGAAAAAGGGUCUUAUAUCUGCCAAGCAUCGUAUUGCAAUGUGUCAUCUGGCUUGUAAGAGCUCAGACUUUGUGAUGGUUGAUCCGUGGGAGGCAAGUCAGAUUACCUAUCAGCGCUCGUUGGCAGUUUUGUCUAGAAUCAAGACCUCUUUACUGGACAGUGGAUUGGCAUCAAGUGAUUCCCUCAAGGUCAUGCUCUUAUGUGGUUCCGAUUUGCUAGAAUCUUUAAGCACACCAGGGGUUUGGAUUCCUGAGCAAGUCAGGACAAUUUGUAGGGACUUUGGCUUGGUCUGUGUUCGCAGAGAUUGUCAGGAUGUCGAGAAGAUUAUUGCUAAGGAUGACACCUUAAAUGCAUAUAAGACCAACAUCAAAGUUGUGGAUGAGGUAGUGCCAAAUGGGAUCAGUUCGACGGGAUUGAGGGAUUGCAUAUUGAAAGGGUUGUCAAUCAAAUAUCUGACUGCAGAUGAGGUGAUUGAUUAUAUAAAGCAGCACAGUCUCUACCAGGAGGUGCAAAAUUGAGUUGAUUCCCCCUCUGUUCAUUAAGUUGCCACACCCCUUGCUAUAUAUAUGAUGAUAAAUUCAAGUAAUAUAUACUGUCCACGAACAAAUGAGAAGAAAGCCACUCUGUAUCAAUAAAAAUCAAUUCUGUUCUAA